AUGGGGAUCGUGAAGCAGCAGCAAAGGGACAGGCUCUGGGUUUUGGGUUUGGGCCUUGUCAUCUUCUUCUUCUCGCCCCAAUUGCUCGUGCCCGCCGAGGAACCGUCAACCGCAGCAGGCCUCUUGGAGGGCUUCUGCGUCACGUCCAGCAGCCCGAGGCGGUCGGCGAGCGUGUCGAUGCUCGUGCGCUCUUCGAGGAUCGGGGUUACAGAGACUCGUCGCUCGGGUCGUCGACGCGGAGGUUACCCCGCCGGCGCCGAGGUGGGGUCGAGGGCGCGGACGAUCCAUCCGAGUUUGCGGCCAACGAACGGCGGCACGCCCGGCCGCUUGACGUUAUGCCGCGGCAGGUCGUAG